CAAAGCCAACGCGACUCGUCAAUUCAUCACCCCCCUCCAACCUCCACCACACCACCACCCCCAUUUCGUCGACAAGAAAGAGAGAGAAAGACAAAACCAAAAAAAAAAAAAGCAAAAACAAAACGAAUUGCUCCCGGAAAUUCUCUCCCGAACCCGAUUUUUUUAUUAUUCCCCCCCGAUAUCCUGAUCCGGCCGCCACCGCCGCCUCCGCCCCCUCGCCGCCGCCGGAGCCCCGCCUCGAAGCGGAGGAGCCAUCCCGCGCUCGUCGGAGGCACCGGUGUGUGUGUGUGUGACGGCGACGGCCUCCUCCCCGCACGCGCACGUCGGCGAGAAGGUCUGGUGGGGCGACGCGCGCGGCCUCCGUGUCUCUCGGCUUGGAUUGGAAUCGAAUUGAAGAUGCUGGAACUGGAGCUGUCCUAUAGGCUAUAGAAAGAGAAAUUUAUUCAUGUAGUGUAAUACAUAUGUUUGGAUCCGUGUCGGCGUGAUAAGGAAUCGUGUCGAAUUGGUACCAGAAGGUUGAAAAGAUGGCUGAUGAGGUGGCUUUUGAGACUGCCAGGAAGAUCAUCAUGCACCCGCUUUAUACGCCGAGGUCUUCGCCGUGGCUUGACUUGAAGGUGUUCUAUGUAAGGGUGAGCAAUUGCGAGGUGGAUGAGUCUGCGCCGGACCGUCUCACGCUCAACCACAUCCCGCUGUCUCCCGAUACGGUUAUCGAGGUGAAUGGUCAGCGGAGUAGCAUGCACACCGAGUUCAUCUCUUCAUCCCUCAGGAGGGACAGGGUUGACAAAAUGACCGAGGAGGCUACAUUCGUGAGCACAGAUAGUAUAAGGAUGACAGGGAGUGUCAGGUUUCAGGUGUUCGAUAAGAACGAUCUGCUGCUCACAGGCGACCUAGAGUUGUGCAGUGCCAAUGGAGUUGUCGGGGAAUCGAAGAACAGCAGCAAGAGAUGGAAUAUGAAGUGCCAACCAGCAUCAUCAUGCAAUGGUUUUCUCAAGGGGAAGCCGUCCACAGCUUCAGAGUCUGUACAUCCUGUGAUAGAGGUUUAUCUUGCUGGCACUUUCUGUGGCACACCUAUUAUAUUAACAAAGACUGUGCAGCAUAUAUCACGGAGGAAAUCCCAAAUGAAACUAAAGCUUGAUUCCAUCCCUGAGAAUGAGGCAACUGAACAACAAAAAGAAGAGUUAAAUGAGGACUCUUUGCAGGUAUCAGAAUCACAGAAUCCCAAAUCUGAGCAAGAUGUGGAUGUUGAUUAUAACAGCUUGUACUCGAGGCAGGACUUUAUAGAGGGCGAGGACGGUGAGCUUUCAUGGUUUAAUGCUGGUGUCCGAGUUGGGGUUGGGAUUGGCCUUGGUAUUUGUGUGGGUGUUGGAUUGGGUGUUGGCCUGCUGGUCCGGACGUACCAAAGCACCAGUAGGAACUUCAGGCGGCGAUUGCCCUGAUGGCCAGACCACCCCAUGAAUGUAGAUGUGUCUUUAUCUUGUUCUGUAGGGAACUAACUGUCCAACCAUCUUUCCUGUUCAUGCUUGUGGUAGAUAUAAGUGAGGCUUUUUGUUCUUCGAUUCUGCAGUCACUCUGGAAUCUGUUGCUCUCUUGUCUGCAAUGCCAAUCAUUUUUGCUCCCUUGAGAUGUAAAUAUUAGUCUGUAUGGCAAAUAAAGAGUCGAAUCACUUGCUGCUACCUUGAGCCAUCAAAUGGUUCUUAAAUGUGUGCUUGAAGGAAAUUAAGUGACCGACAAGUGCAGAGGGUGAUGUUGCACCUACAAAUCGUUGCAUGUUAUGGCAUCUUGUACAUAUAUUACUUCGAUUAGGUGACCAGUUAUUUGUGUCAUAUGGUUAGUUAUUUGAGCUUUUUCCAGAUUUUGGACCAUGUACACCUGUGGAUGUACUCGCUUUUAGGUUUGUGGGUUUGUCUUUAGGCAAUGUGUCAGAAUGUUUUUUAGUCCUUUUCUGUUUCAGAUGCAAUCUGGCAGACAAUAGUCUCUACUGUAUACUACUCUCAGUUUCUUCUUGUUUCUUAGUCAGCGUCAGUUAUCAAGCUAUGCAUAAAGUAUUUGGAGAGAUGGUAUUUAAAGCGAACCUUGUACUGUAUCUCCAUUGAUGGUAUCAAUAAAGCUGGUAUAGCAUGGUAUAA